GUGUAUAUACUCGACAUAGACGAAGCGGAAAUGAAGAACGUCCAAAAACAAUUCAAUGAUGAGUAUUGUGAAGGUGCAGCAAUGUGUUUAAAGUGUGAUGUGACCAGUCAGGAAGAAUUUGAAAGUAUGGAACAUUUUUGUUAUAAAAUCAUACAUUUCUUGUAAAUGUAAAAAUUUGAAAAACUGACCCGAAAAUUGCUUUUCUCUGCAGCCCACGUGAGUGACAAAUUAUUUUCAACUGUCUGUAAAAAAAUGUGUUCACAAGCAAUUUAACUAGAUCAGUGGAAAAAAAAACUGGUUGAACAUCGAACCAUGCAUACCUGAGGUUAGGAUGCCAUCAGCUCACUCGCUGCUUGCAAUUAUAUAAAUAUAUUAUAAAAAUAAUUUUCCCUAAUUUGAAUGGAUGCAGAUGCUGUUGAACAGGUUUUUAAGAAACAAAAUCGUCUGGACAUCUUAUGCAAUAAUGCUGGCACUCUACCAACAUCUGAUAUCAAGAAGUUCGUUGAUACUAAUCUGGUGAGUAAAAAAAAAUAACCCACAGGAAUCACAUGAGAAAUAAUGGAGCAUAAUUAUUAAGCCUAGACUGCAUUUUACUCAUUAAAAAAUGCAGAAAUCAUCCAAAGAGUAGUAUAGGUCUACUGGGUUUCGUUUCUUGUAAUGCUCUUGUAAACGUGCGCCUGCUAUAUGUGUGCAUCAUAUUCGACUCUCUUCGUUAACUGAUAUUUUUAGUACUUUCGAAAAGCAGUUAAAUUAAAUGGGACAGGCAAACAAUAUUAUAAUCCUUAUUAAUAUUUAUACUUUUAUUUCCUUUUUGAAAUUAAGACAUCUGUGAUACGUGGCACGCUCCUUGCUCUGAAAUAUAUGGAUACCAAUAAUGGUGGAAGUGGUGGAAAUAUAAUACAAAUGGGAUCUAUGUCUGGUGAGUAAUAUAUUGUGCUUUUCAAGAAGGGUUUCCGGCUUAUCUGUUCCUGAGAAAUAUGUUUUUGAAAGAUGGCAGUGUCCAGCAUUUCAUCUAUAGUGUGAUCGUAUCAUCACAAUCGUCUAUAAGCACAGACCGUUGCAAUGUAAGUCAAAAGGGCCUCAAACAAACGCAAUAUUGUUCUGUUCAUAAAAGAGAUAUGUGAAAAAACCCGAAAUUCUCAAAACUCUCAAUACUCAUAAGGAAUUUUCUUUGAGUUGUGCAUGAGUUUUGAAAUGCAGACAGGUCUUUACCAAUAUCUAAUUUAGGGGGAGGGGGCAUGCUCGCAAGAAUUUUUGUGUUAUUUGGGGGAGUGGGUUGCAUAUAAUUUAUAGAAACUUUAAAAAGUCGAAAUAAAUAGUCACCUAUAAAUCUGUUGAUUUUUGUACAAGGCCACAUGUAUUUUUAUGGAAAUUCGACAGACCUUCUUCCUUGUAAAAAUUUGAAUAAAAAUUUCGCCCAGAACGCGUUUUUUCUAGUGUACCGGUAUUAUUUUUCCCACGUAUAAAUAUUCGAAUCAUCUGAAAAAGUUUAUAUAUAUUUUAAUAUUUAUAAUUUUAUUUUAUUUAACAUGAUUGUAUCUCCUUGUGUGAUGUUACUCUGAGUGUAUAUCCACACCGGGCAGGCUUGAACAAUAUGCCUGGCCACGGUGGAAUUCGAACCUACGACCUUUGGAAUGCUAGCCCAAUGCUCUGCCAACUGAGCUACGCGGUCAGGACGGUUCGAGUGUGCGAUAUUUCGGAACUGAGUCUAGUUCCUUCGAUAUCAUUAUAAUCUAAUAAUCAUGAAAUUUGCUGUAUUGGUGUAUUGUACUCAGGUGAAUAAGAUUCUUGUGUGAUGUUACUCUCAGUAUACAUCCACACCGGGCAGGCUUGAAAAAUAUGCCUGGCCACGGUGGGAUUCGAACCUACGACCUUUGAAAUGCUAGCCCAAUGAUUGCAAUGAUUUUUCAAGCCUGCCCGGUGUGGAUAUACACUCAGAGUAACAUCACACAAGGAUCUUAUUCACCUGAGUACAAUACACCAAUACAGCAAAUUUCAUGAUUAUUAGAUUAUACUGAUAUCGAAGGAACUAGACUCAGUUCCGAAAUAUCGCACACUCGAACCGUCCUGACCGCGUAGCUCAGUUGGCAGAACAUUGGGCUAGCAUUCCAAAGGUCGUAGGUUCGAAUCCCACCGUGGCCAGGCAUAUUUUUCAAGCCUGCCCGGUGUGGAUAUACAUUCAGAGUAACAUCACACAAGGAUCUUAUUCACCUGAAUACAAUACACCGAUACAGCAAAUUUCAUGAUUGUAUCUGUUAGUAUUUGUGAUUGUUCCUACUUUAGGACUUUCAUAUUCUCCAUACUAUUGUGAAUAUACGGCAACGAAACAUGGCAUUAUCGGUUUCACAAAAGGUUUUGCUAAGGUUUGUAUAUUGUAUGUCAUACACCCUUUUCAUAAAUGGCUGCCGAUUAAAAAUUCUUUUAUGUGCAUAUAAAUUGGCCCAACUAGCCUCGUACUCAUGUUAAAAUUUCAAAGGAAUUUCUACCCAGAAACGAGGCUAGUUGGGCCAAUUUAUAUGCACAUAAAAGAAUUUUUAAUCGGCAGCCAUUUAUGAAAAGGGUGUAUAGAAAUGAUAGAUGCAUUUGAGUCCCAUGGUGUUUGAACGUUUAUUCGAUAUCAUAUAUUUAUAAGCAGGGGUGUAGUGGAGGGGGCUCAAGGGGGGGGGGGUGGCUUAGCUUUCCUUGUUAGCUCGACUUUCAAUUUUGGGGGCCGAAAUUUCUGGUCGUUCAUUCUGGUCGUUCAAUUCGAAAUUUCUGGUCGUUCAAUUCGUGAAUCAAUUCAAACAUUUUCCGAUAGCUUAUUUCUCGAGGAUUGAAAAUAUAUAAAAUUUACCUUGUCUUGGAGCAGCAAGUAUAGGAAAUUUUGAAGAACAAGUCAAUUUCGCACAUUGAUAUUAAGUGGUCUUAAUUUAUUCACACCGCAAAAUUUGUGGUGUAAAAUUCUAGCCGAUGCCAGGGCCUUCUCAGCACGAAGGCCCUGGGGGCGAGGUAGAACGCGAUUAAGAUUUUUAUCAAGACAAAUAUUUAUCACUGUGUACAGUCAAAACUAACAGUUGCUCCAAUUUAUUUCUACUCAAUUUAUGAAGGUCAGACCCGUAAUGCUAACACCAGAAUUGACAUUCUGACUAACGAGCCCUGACCAGCUGUAGUUGUGCAGGGCCCCAUAGCAUGACCGAGAAAUUGAGCUCAGCCUCUCCAUUGUUUAUUUUGCAAAUUGAGCUCAGCCUCUCCAUAAAUCAAUCAACCUCAUUAAACAUUGUUCAACAUUGCUUCCAUUCGAAACCAUGUUUUCGAUGUUACAUCCUUUUAUUUUAUUUCUUUAAGGAGGCAUUGAGUAGAGGGGUUCGUUUGAAUUGUAUGUGCCCAUCAUGUGUGGACACAGAUAUGUUGAAAACGCUCACUCAGAAUCCUGUUAUGAAGCAGGCAGUCGAUGCAAUGGGCGUGCAAACGUAAGUCUUAAGACUAAAGUUACGCGUUGUUGCGAUAUAUAUAUAUAUAUAUAUAUAUAUAUAUAUAUAUAUAUAUAUAUAUAUAUAUAUAUAUAUAUAUAUAUAUAUAUAUAUAUAGAAUUACGUUUCGUUGUUUAAUACAAAAACAUUUGGCAGAUUGCUCAAUGGAUAUCCAGAGCAUAAUUAAAUAAGUGCAACGACUCAACAUAUAUAUAUAUAUAUAUAUACAAUUGCCUAUAUAUACAAUCUUAGACAAAACUGUUGAGAAACUCUAUCAAUGCCAAAUGAUUAGAAAAGCUAGUGCAAGUGUCACGAUCACUCCUGUUAAUCAUAAGUAGGGUUGUAAAAUGAAUCUUAAUAAUUAUAGAUCAAUAUCUGCCUUAUCUGUAAUUUCUAAAAUCUUUGAGAAAUUCAUUAUAGUAAUCCUUGACCAAAUGUAAGAAUAUUUAACUACAUACAAUCCCCUUUCUAAUUUACAAUCUGGUUUUAGGCCCUUGCAUUCCACAUUAACUGCAUUACUUAUGCUACUGAUCUAUUUAUACCAUUGGUCAUAAUAUUCUAUUAAAAAAAACUCUCAUGCCAUGGUUUCAGUAACAAUACGGUAAUUCUUUUUCGUAAUUAUCUCUCAGAACGAUCUCAAGUUACUGUUAUUGAUAAUAUACAACAGCAGAAAUGCAGUAUUUUGUGUGAGGUCCCACAAGGAUCUAUUUUGUUGGGGCCACUCCUAUUUCUAAUAUAUAUUAACGAUCUACCAGAUUGUAAUCUCAUGUCUGAGUGCCGCCUUUUUGCUGAUAGUACAAAUUUGACAUUGCAGUAUGCAGAUAAUGUGUAUACAACCACGUUUUCUAUGCUAUGAACAGAGCUACUUAAAUACCCUAAAAAGUUGGCUCGAUGCUAAUAAACUAGUAAGUUUAAAUGCUCUUAAAACUAAAUGUAUGUUUAUAUACACACGCCAAAGGUUAGCAACCACACCUGAUAUUAAGCGGGUAAAUCAGAAAACACACAAAAGCUUAGGCAUUGAUUGGAUGAGCUCUUAUCUUGUGAUGAACAUAUAAUCAUGGUUACUGAAAAAGUAACCAAGGUAAUUGGAGCUCUCAGACGUUUGAAAUCAUAUCCCCCACUAUCAGUUCUCGUCAUAAUUUAUAAGUCGUUUAUCCAACCACAUAGAGCAAGAGAGCAUGCAAGCGCCUUUCACGUUCUCAGAGGUGAAAGACGCUUUCUCGUCAGAGCAAGCGACUUUCACCUCUGUCUCUGCAUGAGGACGUGGUUUCGAUCGUCGCUAUGGGCUCAUGUGAAAAGAGUCAGUCAACGUUCUGCCGAAAGUCGUGGGUUUUCUCCGGGUGCUUCGGUUCCUCCCACAGGGAAAGUUGUGAGGGUGGUUUAGGAUAAACAGUACAUAAUUAGGAAAGUAAUAUCUAAUCACAAUUGUUGUAAAGAUAAUUAGUCUAGGCUAAGUACUAGGUAAUACGUAAGCGUAAUACUUGUUGUAAUCGGUCACUGAAAAGAACCGUUGGGGAGUGAGCUGAAUAAUAAAAAUCUUCACGAAUUUUCCCCCUCUCCCUCCACAAAUCAAUGUGCAUGACGAAAACUUUUUUGGUUUCGUCCAUGAUGUGAGGAAGAGUCAAAUGCAAGGACUUUUCAAGGACAUUCAAGGCUAUGUAUCAGCAAAUUCAAGGACUACUGAAGAAAAGGGGUAACAAGUCAGUAAAAUCAGGACUUCCAAGUACUUCUUUACAAAUUCAAGGACAUUCAUGCAAGGCCUUGAAUUUUUGUUUUCAAAUUAAAGGACAUUCAAGGACUUUCAAGUUUUGUACGAACCCUGUCAAAGUCAGCGACAUCUAUGUGAAAAAACAACAUUGACAUGGAGCGACGGAAAUGAAGCAAAGUUUUCUCCUAUUAUACAUGUGAUAAAUUAAAAGGUCAUUCAGAUUAUUGAUCUCCACAAGUUUUGUCUAAGAUUGUAGCUUGAGACCAUGCAUGGUAGUGAAUACGCAUCAAUUAAUAUUCAACUUUUCUUCAAAACAGUAGCAAUCCUGGCCGCGCAUUUGCACCAAACAUAUUUCUUAUAAUAUGUUACUAAGAAUUCUUCCAAUUGACUUUCUGAAGAUGGUGAUGUAAAUUUGCGACAAACGAGGUUGUUGCAUUUUCUCCCUUUUUCUUUAUAGUGUUGAUGUUGUUGCAAAAGGGUUUAUGCAACUUUUGCAAGACGAAGAAAAGGUCGGAGAAGUAAUGAGAAUUACAGUGAAAAAUGGAAUUGAUUUUCAUAAAUUUCCAGAAGAACCAGUCCCAAUGUAA